GGUUCCGCUAGCGCUGCUGGGCCAGAGGCAAAGGGGGCCAUGUUUAGAAUGGGAGCCAAGGGAGGGCCAUCGUAGCAAGAUAUCGGGGCAUGGCAGAAGGAGAGGAAGGUGAUGAUGCCAGAGCCCCACCUGUCCGCCUCUGGGUACGACGGACAGGUGUCUAUUGUGAUGAAAACCAGAAAACAUGGCUGGUGGCAUCCGAAGAGGAGUCAGGCACGCUGAAAGCCCGGAUCAGAAGAGUCCAGGUCCCCCUGGGUGAGGCAGUGCGUCCCAGCCGCCUCCCAGCCUCCCAGCUGCCCCACAUGUGGCAGCUUUCAGAGGGGCAGCAAUAUAGGGACAGCAACUCCCGCAUCUGGGACAUCGAACACCAUUUACUUAUCACGGGAGUGGAGGAGCUGCUCUUGAAACUCCUGCCAAGCGAUUAAAUCUGUUCUCUGAACAUGCCUCAAAAAGACCCCUGCCAGAAACAAGCCUGCGAAAUCCAGAAAUGCUUGCAAG